GAAGGGUGCUGAAGUCAGUUUGCUCCUGACCUUGAAGAUGAGUGCUUCCGGUUUUCUGUUGCAUUGAUCUCCCUCCUUCUCUCCCCGAAUGUGAAUGAAACGUGAAUGUGCUGCAGUCAUGAUGUCAUGAGUUCGUCUGUGUUUAUUUCACGGUUGCAGUCGGGGACUUUUCUGUCUCGUUUUGUGGGGGGAAACAGGGACCCGCCGCCCUCCAGCUGACCACAUGCGCGCAUCCUGCUGCGCGCGGCGGCUCUGGGAGCAGCAACAACAACAAGCUCCAUCUUUCUUCCUCGGGACUCUCGGAGGCGGCUCGUCAUCAGUGCGUGACCGUGGGAUGCUCGGGCAGCUCCCACAGCGGAAUCACAAUUACAUCAUCUUUUCCCACGCAGCCGAGCCCGAGAGGAGCUGUGCGGAUCUGCGCUCCUGCGCGGCGCGGAGCGCUGAAGGAGCGAUGGCGCUUCGGUGAGGCGGUGGGAGGGGAGACGUGUUCCGUCAUCAGCAUCUGUCCGCCUGCUCCCUUUGUGUUCACCGGAGAAUGUGAAUGGCGAAAGAUGACAUGGCAGAGGUAGAGUUACCAUCCAGCGGAGCGGACCCCCCCGGCGAGGCCUCCUCUGCGUUUCCCUACGAGGAGUACGAAUGCAAAAUCUGCUACAAUUACUUCGACCUUGACCGGCGGGCUCCGAAGAUCCUGGAGUGCCUGCACACCUUCUGCGAGGAGUGCCUGAACACGCUUCACCUCCGGGAGGAGCGGCCAUGGCGCAUCAGCUGCCCCGUCUGCCGCCACCGGACCCCCGUGCCGGAUUACCGGAUCCAGAACCUGCCCAACAACACCAAGGUGACGGAGGAUUUUCCGCUCUACAUUGACUCGGACCCCCUCCCGCAGGACGCUCUGCCGCCGUUCCCUCCCCCGAUGCACCCAGCCCUCGUCGCCCUCCGCCGCGAGGAGGCUUCGGGGGCGUCCAGCGUCAGCCAGGCGACCCCGUCCACCACCGUGUCCACGGCCACCACCCUCUCCCAGGACUCGGUCCGCUACGACAGCUGUCAGAGCUGCAAGCGCGUGGCGCUGACCACCGGCUGCGUGUGCGUGAUCUUCUCCUUCCUGUCCAUGCUGGUGCUGCUCUUCAUGGGCCUGAUCUUCGUGCACAGCCACAGCAUCCCGCCGUCUCCGGCGGGGCCCAUCUGCUUGUCGGUGGCCAGCAUCCUGGCCAUGUUCUCGGUGGUCGUCACGUGGCUCAUCUGCUGGCUCAAGUACAGACCGGAUCACGAGACGGGCCGCGCGUCCGCCACCGGGAGCUCCCGGAGGAACGCCUGACAGGCAGGGAUCCCGGAUCCCUUUACUUUUCCAGGGAGAAAUCUCGCCUAAAAUGGCCUUUUUAACCUGUAAAGCAAGCAAACACCUGAAGGCCUUCAUGGGGGUUUGGAGAGCGAACAUCCUUGAUAAUCAUUUCCUGAACUUAUGCACUUGACCUGAAGAGAUCUGCACCUUGAAGUUCAGGCUCUGGCCUUGUUGCAGGUCAGCUGGUUUGUUUAGAUGACUGAAUGUGAAGUGCUCAGUCCCCCUCUAAACUAAUAUGCAUUCCCCAUUGUGCUUCUGUAUCUGUCACUCAUAGCACUAAUGUACAGAACAUCCUCACCUUUCAGUUUCUGGAUGGGUUUGAAUCACACUUGUGUAAAUAGUUAGCUGAUGUUCAUGAUUCAUGGUUUAGCGUCAUCCCUUUGACUGUUAUCACCACCACUGAAAGCUGCACUUCUCCAAGUAGCUUUUUGGAUUGUUUCUGCCACUUUAGUGCACACCUGAGAGGUUCUUCUUAUUCAUGGUCCUUACUGUGCCUCUACUUCCUAAUGAAGUGAAGCUGCUGUCACCAUGGAAGUCCUGCAGGCCUGCAGCCAUUCAUCUCACUUCCUGUCCUUUUAUUUUGAAAUGUGCAGAAACCUGAUACAUCUUUUUCCCCUUCCAUUUGACUACAUGAAAAGAUUCCAACUUCAGCUGCUUCAGAGUAUGUUGCUUGUCUUCCUUUGAAUGAAUGAGCAUCACACGUUCAGUACCAGCAGCAGCUCACUCUCCUCUCAACACCUGCGUGGUCCGAAGAUGCUGAGCAAGCGGAACAUCUUUGCUGAAGCAAUCUGAAACACUUGUAGAGCAGCAACGACAAGAUCAGCAUCCAGACAAAAGCCUGAAAACUUUUUAAUGGCGGAAAAUUUCCAAGACUUUCAUUUUGAAAAUACCAAAGUGAUGGUUGUUUUUUUUGUACCUGCUUCCCCUGUGCACUUGCAAUAGAAAAAGCUUCUUAUUGUCUCACCUGAACGCUUCAAUCAUCAACCUUUAGCAGGUUGAAUAUGAUGCACUUUCACCCUCUUAUUUUGUCUGUAGGGGGGUUAACCUUUGACCCGUGUCAGUGUAUUUAUUUAUUCAGAGGACCAAGACAAUGUUGUUGUUUAUUUUUCUUUUUUUUGAUGGUUGUAGUUGGAGUACCAAAUGUAUUUGCACAAAGAAAUGUUGCAUAUGUGCUGUUUUACAUAUAGACACAUUUCAGGAAUAAAGCAAACGUGAUUCCCG